AUGGAAUUAAAACUAUGUAGUAGAAAUUUUAUCAAAUAUCAUCGUGUCCUCGUUGAAAAACCAAAUGAAUUUAUGAACGGAUUAAUUCUUAUAAAAGUUCAACUAUCUAAGGAAAAUUUUGCUAGUAUCGAUAUGUAUCAGAUUCAUAUUAGAAAUUAUGAUUUUUAUAAUACUAUAGAUGUCCUUACUGUUGACCAUGACUAG